ACUGUAGAGUGCCGUUUACGUGCGUCAAGUCUUUCUUGUCUGUUUGUUGACCUUGGGCAGGUCGAAAAGUAUGGCUGUGUGAUUUGACAGUGCUGUGGGGUUAUCUCGCCGAACGAAUACCGUUAAACAGGAGUAGUUUAACACUAGUUUCUGUAUUCGGUGGAUGUGUAUACUUAGUCGAUACUUCAUUCGUUUGUGAGUAAAUUUGAACGAAUAAUUUCGUUUGGUCUCACUGUUGUAAAUCAUUAAUGAGCCAACUCGUUGCAUAACGCCAUAGCUUUCCUUCUGUAUUCUCCCGCAAUCACCACCUGUUGAUAUUCUUCAUCAGAUCAAACCAUAAUGGAUGAAGUAGCAGCAGCAACAGGUGAUGCAGCAGCAAUGGCCGCAGCUUCUGCCCCAAUGUUUGGUGUUCUAGACAUUGUUCUUUUGGCUGGCAUGGCUGGGUUUGGAAUUUAUUGGGUUUACUUUCGGAACAGCUCAAAGCCCCAGUCACCACCAACUAAAGGCUACACAAUGCAGCCUACCUUGGUAGCUCCAAAAGCCAAUGACAGCAGUUUCAUUGCAAAAAUGAAAGCCUCCGGGAAAAACAUUGUAGUUUUCUAUGGUAGUCAGACUGGGACAGCUGAGGAAUUUGCCCUACGCCUUGUGAAAGAAGCUGCCAGGUACGGCAUGAAAGCAUUAUACCCAGCUGAUCCAGAAGAGUGUGAAAUGGAAGAGCUUUCCAAGUUAAGUGAAAUCAAUAAUUCUUUGGUUAUAUUUUGCAUGGCGACAUACGGUGAAGGUGAUCCCACCGAUAAUGCAAGCGCCUUCUACGAAUGGCUAAAGUCUGAAGAACCGGACCUGACCGGUGUUAACUAUGCUGUCUUUGGUCUCGGAAACAAGACCUAUGAACAUUUCAAUUCAAUGGGCAAGUUUUUUGACAAACGACUGGAAGAGUUGGGUGCAACAAGAGUAGUGGAAGCUGGUGUAGGCGAUGACGACGGAAACAUGGAGGAAGACUUUCUAACAUGGAAGGAUACUCUGUGGCCAGCCGUUUUAGACUUUUUUGGUUUGGAAAUGAAUUUGCAAGAAAUUUCCAUGCGACAGUAUCGUCUUGAAAUACCUGAUGUCCCCUCAGAAAAGCUAUUUACCGGUGAAAUUGCCCGACUUCGUUCUUAUCAGACACAGCGACCGCCUUUUGAUGCCAAAAACCCAUUCCUUGCUCAAGUAACUGCCUGGCGAGAAUUGCACAAAGGAGGUGAUCGCAGUUGCAUGCACAUCGAGCUUGAUAUCUCUAAUUCCAAGUUGAGAUACGAUUCGGGUGAUCAUGUGGCCGUGUAUCCGGUGAACGAUCCAGCCUUAGUCAAUCGUUUCGGCGAGUUACUGUCGGUAGAUUUAGAUACUCAAAUAUCGCUGGUCAACAUUGACGAUCAGUCGACUAAGAAGCAUCCGUUUCCUUGCCCUUGCACAUACAGAACGGCUCUCUCCCAUUAUCUCGACAUUACCUCCAAUCCUCGAACGCACGUUUUGAAAGAACUUGCUGAACACACUACCAAUUUUGAGGAAAAGCAAAAAUUAUUAAUGAUGGCAAGCUCCAGUCUAGAGGGCAAGGAACUUUAUCAGCAAUGGGUACUGCAAGAUAAUCGCAGUCUGUUGCACAUCUUGGAAGAUUUGCCAUCGUGUAAACCAUCAUUAGAUCUCGUUUGCGAGUUAUUGACCCGCCUGCAAUCACGCUACUAUUCCAUCUCUUCUUCUUCAAAAUUACAUCCGGAGACCGUCCAUAUAACAGCCGUGCUCUUGAAGUAUGCAACCCCAACCGGACGAAUCAAUAAAGGAGUAGCCACCACUUGGCUCGCAUCCAAAAAGCCCCAACCGGACCAGCCACCCCAUCAGGUUCCCAUAUUCAUUCGCAAGUCACAAUUCCGAUUACCAGCCCGCCAUCAAACUCCAAUUAUCAUGGUUGGUCCAGGAACAGGAGUGGCUCCUUUCCGUGGAUUCGUCCAGGAGCGUCUCAAAGUGAAACGAGAAGGCAAGCCGGUAGGUGACACUGUUCUGUUCUUUGGCUGUCGCAAAAAAACGGAAGACUUCCUUUAUGAGGAAGAGUUUGACGAGAGUAUCCAAGAAGGCCUACUCACGCUACAUACUGCCUUCUCUCGAGAACAGCCCGAGAAGAAAGUCUACGUUACGCACUUGCUCAAAGAACAAGGAGAGUACAUAUGGCGCAUCAUAAGCGAGGAAAGCGGCCACAUCUACGUGUGCGGGGACGCGCGAAAUAUGGCACGUGAUGUGCAUGAUAUCAUUGUUGAUAUUUGCAGUAAAUUUGGGAAAUUGUCGUCCAGCGAAGCUCAUGCCUUCGUCAAAAAGUUAGAAACUCAGCGCCGUUACUCAGCUGAUGUUUGGAGUUAGUCUACGCAGGGCAUUAUUGUGCUACUUAGUAGAUAAAUUUUUUGCUUAGGCUUAAAUAUUUUCUAAAAUGGUCUUCUCUCAAAUGUCUAUUUGCUGCUACGAGACUUUAAAAAACCAUGGGUAAUUUUUUAGACCCAAAUAUGUGUAUUACUUUAGUACAAUUUUCUAUUUGGAAUGUUCUACCCCCAGGGUUAUGGAAAAGAAUUUGGUCUUCAAUAAAACAUUUGACUGGG